AAAAACUUGAAACAAAUUAUAAAGCAUAAAAUUGUGUAACAUCUCCAAAAGGAGAAUAUGAAUUACUGCAAGGAAUUCUAGCGGAUGUUUACCUCAAUUUUUAAGGUCAGGUAAAUGUGUGUAGAGGCGGAGUUUUUUUUAUACCGUCUUAAUUGCAAAAGAAACCUGCGACAGUAAUAAGUAAAGGAGAGAAUAAAAUAAAUAACUUGAAACAGGGCCACCAACGUAAAAGGAAAAAGAAACCCGUACCAAUGCAAAGCACGGGGAAACAUCGUGCAUAAAAAGUAAAAUGAAUCAAAUGGUAUUGCCUUGUCUAGAUAAAGCGGGAAAUUUGUUUUCAGCAACUCAAGAAAACCCGAGGACACUAAAUAUUUAAAAGUCAUCAUAACUAUUGUAUAAAAUCUUAAUAUCUUUGCACAUAAAAAAAAUGCAUAUUAAUAAAAGGAAAAGAUAUCGCCUAGUGACAAUUAAAUUUUUUAUGGUCUCAGCGAUCCUUUUUUCAAUUUACCUCUUCAUAUCAUACUAUACGGUGUUCCAAAAUUCUAACAUGUCAGAGAAGAUCAAAGUUGAUGGUAGUAUCGCAAUAAACUUGCCCAAUGUUGUGAUGCAUUUGGAUUUGAAGGGGUUUCCGCCGAAGAUCAGCUACCUAAAGAGUCUACUGACCAAGCUUCAGGAACUCGGUGUAACUGGUUUCUUGAUUGAAUAUGAAGAUAUGUUUCCAUAUGAGGGAAGAUUAGUGAACCUGAGUGCGAAAUAUGCCUACAAGAAAACUGAGUUACAGAAAUUUCUGAAAACGGUUGCAAGUUUAGGCUUUGAUAUAAUUCCAUUGGUUCAAACGUUUGGUCAUAUGGAACAUGUCCUGAAGCUCAAAGAAUUUGCACAUUUGAGGGAGUUAUCACUUCAUUCCAACGUGAUCUGCCCUAGUAAACCUGAAAGUCGGAUGCUGAUCAGAAAUAUGUUGGAGCAGGUCAUAAAAUUUCAUCAGAAUAUUUUUCCGUUAAAAUAUUUCCACAUUGGAUCCGAUGAAGUCUAUCAUAUAAAUAAAUGCAGGCAAUGUUUGCAACGGAAUCUGACGAAGUCAAAAAUGUUUCUGGAUCACGUAAAAGCCACAGCUGACUUUGUAAAGAAAAUAAGCCCCAAGACUACAGUAUUAAUGUGGGAUGAUAUGUUACGCAAUUUCUCAAUAGAUGAAUGGAAGGAUGUUAAAAAUUUGAGUGUGGAUCCAGUCUAUUGGAGCUACGGAUCUAAGGAAAAAAUAUCGCAUAUAGCCAUGUAUCAGUAUCACAAGAAAUUUGAAAAUAUUUGGAUAGCGUCAGCAUUCAAAGGUGCAGAUGGAAGCACAGCGACGCUGCCCGAUCUUAAAGAACGUUUGUUGAAUCAUUUGAGUUGGAUGGUACUCAUACAAAAUUACAAAUUUGGUGGUGAACAGAACAAUUAUAGUUUCAAAGGUAUCAUUUUGACAGGAUGGUCACGGUACUCUCACACGUCUCCACCUUGUGAACUUUUACCUGUGUCAAUUCCGAGUUUAUUUCUUAACCUAUUGCUUAUCAAGAAGUUUAAGGAUGGGUACAGUUUAAUUGAAAGCAAUGAUCUUAGUGAUUUUUAUAACAGAAACAUGAUUAAUGAUAUAUCUCGUCAGUUGCGGUGUAGUAAAUUGCUUGAUAUCAAGGACCCAGAAGUAGAAAAAUGCAAUUUUGACGGUAACGAUCUCUACAAAACGAUUGCUCACUGUGAUGAGGUUACUGAGGACAUUGCAACAUCUAUAGAAGCCAUUAUUAAAAACUAUACAGAUUUUGAAUACAUCGAUCAAAAUAUCAAAUGGUAUAACAAGCAUUUGAAUGAUUUGUUCUUAUUAGAAAAACGAAUGAUGAAAAAACUGUCUGCUUAUUAUGAUAGAAACUAUGUUACAGAGUAUGUGAAUUAUAAAUUAAGAGCUUCAAAAGGAAUGCUGUUUAAGUUUUUAAGAUUAAACUCGAUAUUUAUGUAAAGUUCCGGAUGCUGUAGAGUAAGUCCAUUCACUGUAAGUGGAAGGAUCAAUAUGGGGUAUGAGAUGGGAUACUUAAACAAAAAUCCCACUACUAGAAGAUAUUUUUUUUUCAU